UUUUGUUUUCUUUUUUUUUUCUACAAACCACUAUCCAUUUUUAUCAACUUCAUACAAAAAGGAAAUUAGGAAAAAAAAAAAGAGUCAAACCACCCUAGAGGAAAUUCGAGUGCUUUCUCUGAUCUUCCUCUAGCUUCUUUCUUUUUGAUCUUCAUUACAAUUAUUAAUUAAUUCUUGUUUGAAGAUUGAUUUCUGAGUGAAUUUUCUCCUUUAUUUACAUGGAAUGAAAGCUGAGUUUCCUCACAAAGAAGGGGUUGGUUUGGCUCAUGUUGUUUUAACUUUGAAAAGUAUUUCCAAUAAUUUUCUUGAAUCAACCACCAAAUAUAUAUACUUAUAUAUAAAGCUGUAAAUACAUAAUUAGGUAACAAAGAUAACAAUGGCUUCAAAACCUAAGAUGAAGGGCAUUUUCAAGGGCUUCAAGUACAUUUCCCAAAUUUUUGAUGAUGAAAAAGAAGGCGAAAUACAAAUUGGUUUACCCACAGAUGUAAAGCAUGUGGCGCAUAUUGGAUGGGAUGGACCUGCCGUUGAUACCCCAAGCUGGAUGAAUCAGUUUAGUGAAUCUCCAGGUUUGCAUUCUGCUCCUUUAGGGCCCCCAACUGGUGGAGACAAAAGGGAGCCUGAAAUUAAAUGGGUCUCUGAAGAUGCAAACACCAAGAGAAGUAAUAGAAACGCUGAUCUUCCUGACGUACCAAGAUCGUCAAGGCGCAAUCAGUCGGGAGAUGGCGAGUCGUCUCCGAAGAAGCAAAAAGAUCCCAAUAAGGUAAAACAGAGGAGAAAUCACUCAAGGGACUCAGUGGAAGGAGGUAGUGUUAAGUCGAACCGCGAGCCAUCUGACUCGGCCAACCCCGGGGUCCCGGAUCCCGCCAAGAAAUCGCGAAGAAAAAAGUCAAGGGACUCCAAUGGAUCUGCACGUCCUCGGUCGAGGGCCAACGCCGAUCCCGGCCCCGAUGGUGAAUCAUCUAUCCACAAUUCCGAAUUGGAUAACAACUGACCACCUUCUUCAACAAAAAUCUUUGUCUUUUUGUUGUUUUGUUUUUUAUUCAUAGUUAGCUCUAAUGCACCAUUUGGAUAACAUUUCUACUUAUCGAUGGUAUAAGAUUGGAUCCUUAGAAAUAAACGGUAUACUUUCUUCUCU